GGGUCACGUUACGUGCGACGCUUUCUGCCGUGUCCCUCCGCAAGUACUACAUGCUACAGGGACACCAAGAUGGAAAUCCAGGGGCCCGUGGGGCAGCAAGAUGGCGGAUCCAGGUUUACAGUGCCGGCGCUGGUCGAGGGCUCUGAGGAUGAGGAAAAAAUCGCUUCGAUCAAACAGGAAGAAGAAGAGUGUCCGGUGUACAUGGUCCUCAACCUGGGCGAGGAGGAGGCGGUGGCUGGAGACAAUGGGAGCCCUGACCCUGCCAGACCCGGGUCCACACGGGAGCUGCUUCCUGGGUACGUGACAGUCCGCCUGGAGAAUGGGGUGUUCACACUGCGAGGCAGAGGGCCAGAUAUUAGUGAAAGCCAGGAAAGCAGGCCCCAGGCCCAGGAGGAUAACCAAGUGUCAGAUCCCCCCCAGGAGGACUGGGACCCAGAGAUGUCCCCCCAGGGCGAACCAGCUAGCUGUCCUCCUGCUGCCCCUCCUGAGGGUUUGGAGCAUGUAAACCUGGCCUUCAGGGACCCAGUGGACGAGCAGGUCACUGGCUUCCUUGUUGGAGAUAUUGGGGAGCUCCAGGUCAACCUUGGGGAAGCUUUGGACUUUGGGGAAGCUUUGGACCUUGCCAGAAAGGGGGUCCUGUUGGUGUUUCGUUGCCCAGAACCCGGCUGUGCCAAGGCGUUCGACCGCAAGCAGCAGCUCAAGGUUCAUCUACUGAGCCACACCGAGUCCCAGCGACCCUUCAAAUGCACCAUUGACAACUGUGGAUGGUCCUUCACAACGCUCUACAAACUGAAGAGGCACCUGCAGUCCCAUGACAAGCAGCGGCCGUUUUCCUGCAAUGUCCUGGGCUGUGGCAAGAGCUUCACCACAGUCUACAAUCUCAAGGCCCACUUGAAAGCCCAUGAACAGGAGAACAGCUUUCGUUGUGAAACCUGCAGCGAAUCCUUUCCUACAUCCACCAAGCUCAGUGCCCAUCGGAGAACCCACUUCGAGCCAGAGAGACCCUACAAAUGCGAGUUCCCUGGUAUGUCUCACAAAGAGCCUAAACAAGCCUAUCGUUUCCAAAGAAACUAGUCCUGCGCUCCAUCUCCCAUUACUCCUGGGCGGCAGCAAUGUCCAUAGUACACAUCAGCCAAAAUACAUAUAGUAAAAACCAAAGAACUAAAAGUAACCUGUGCUCUUUCCACAUCCCUAUGUAUUUUUAAACAAAUGGAGGUUUUUUAGUUACCUCCAAUGGCCAUGAGAGGGUAUGCCCACCUGCCACGUCAAGGCAGACCUCUUAGGUGGGCCCUAACUCUAACCAUUCGCCUUGCUUCCCUGAGCUUCUGGCAAAAAUAUCUCUAAUGAGACAGAAAGGGGUAUUUUUUAUAUACAUCCCUACAUGCUUAUUAACCCUUAUUGUGGAAAGAGCACAGGUAACCUUUUUCUUCUUUGGUUUAAGCCUAUCAUUUCUCCUAUUAUCACUUCACCUUACCAUUCCCUAUGGUGGGAUUAAAAUGAAUAUAAAAAUGCUUAUUAAAAUACCUUGGAAAUGUACUAUUUCUACUCUACUAAUCAUGAGUUUUUUGUUUUGUUAUAUUUUAUGUGUACUUGAACUAGUUAUUUUCCGAAAAGUACGCUGUUUUGAUUUCUCUGACUGCUAUGAUUCCUGUCAAAAUAUAUAUUUUUUGCCGUUUUAUUUCUAAUCCGUAACUGUUGCCUAAUAUAACAUGAUAUUGGCCGUAUUUGCUGUUUUUUUAAAGCUGAUCUGUCACUAACUUGCACUCAUGGCCCACAGCUCGAGUAUCCUACCUUAUACCCCUCCCCAACUAUCUGUUUUUGGCCUUAGACUGGUUAAAUUCACUUUUUUCAAUGUUGUUAUAAUGCCACCUGGUCUUCUUUCACUGUACCAUGAUCUUUGCGUUUAUAAUAACGCAGUGGCUAAAAAAAUUUUUUUUUUUAUCUUGUCCUUCCUUAGCUGUGCAUGUCAAAUCAGUCAACACAAAUGAUCCAUGCUCUGGCAGAGCACUGGCGGUGAUUACAGGUUGACAGACUUGACAAAGGACGUGGAACUUGACUAAAGUUCUGCCAUUUAUCAACCUGCUUAUUAUACAUAAGGAAAAGUAGUCCCUGCUUUUACUUGGGUAUAAUUUGGAAAAUAUGCAUCAAAUAAGAAACGGCAGUUCUUGUUGUUUUUGGAAAUGUCACUGUAAAAUAUAAAAUGACACAUCCGCUUUGAGUGAUGGUCUUGGGUCCACUUGCCCAAUUAUGAAAAUAUUCAUGUGUCUAGUUUCUUGUAUAAGGACAUGUGUUUUUUAAUAGCUAUAGUUUCUCCCCCCAAAAAUUAGAGAAUUCACACAGUCAAAAAACUUGCUCUUCAUCUGAAUACACACAACUAUUAAGUAGAUGAGGGUUCAACCUGCAGAGCUAUUUUACUUAAAGUGAAUGCUGCGGCCAUGGUGUUUCACACAUUUUAACAAAUCCAUAAUUUAUAUAUUACAUUAAAGUACCACUAUAGGCACCCAGACCACUUCAGCUUAAUGAAGUGGUCUGGGUGCCAGGUUCAGCUAGGAUUAACCCUUUCCUCUCUGAAACUGCUAUGUUUAUAAUAGGGUUAAUCCAGCCUCUAGUGGCUGUCUCAUUGACAGGCGCUUCCGCGCUUCUCACUGUGAUUUUCACAGUGAGAAGACGCCAGCGUCCAUAGAAUAUGCGCAUUCAGCCGAUGAGGAGAGUCCCCUGCCUGGCGCUGGAAAAAGAGGUAAAUUGUAACCCCUUCCACCCCCUAGAGCCCGACCUGAGGGUGGGGGCACCCUCAGGGCACUAUAGUGCCAGGAAAACAAGUGUUUUCCUGGCACUUUAGUGGUCCUUUAAAGGAACACUUCAAACAACAUAACCACUACAGUCAACUGUAGUGGUUAUGAUGCCAGGAGUGCCUUAGUGCCCCCCAGCACCACUACCGAAUAAACAAAUUGUUCAAAAGGACACUACAGUCACCAAAAUCACAACCAGUCACCAAAAUCACAACAGCUUAAUGGAGUGGUUCUAGUGUUUAUAGCAUGUCCCUGCAGUUGUUGCACUGUAAACGCUGCCUUUUCAUAUAAAAGACCAGGUUUACAUUGAUGCCUAGGGACACCUCACGUGGCAGUCACUCAGACGGCCACUAGAGGGUCUUCCUAGUUCAGUACUGCACUCUGUGCAGCACAUUCGAUCAGUGUCUCCACUCUGCAUGGUGAGAUUGAACGCUCACCAUAGAGAUACAUUGAUCCAGCGAGACUGGUGCAAUGAUGGAGAAAAGUUAAGUAAAAUACCUUUUUAUCUCCGAUUUGAGGGGUAGACCGGGAGCUAAAUAUCUAUUCCAGCACCAUAGUUUUAUAAAAUGCAUGUUUGUAUUCUUAACACUAUAGCUUUUCUUUAAGGAUGGUUUGACCACUAACUUGGGCCCCGCUGGGUGGCUGCAGUUCUGCUUCUAGAUUCCCUGUGCAAAGAGAAUCCGUUUACCUCCAAUGAGUUAAACUGGACCACUCUUGGCAUAUUUAUUGGGCCGUGCUUAGCUCAGGGGAGACAUCCAAUGUCUCCUGCUCGAGUAACCUAGUGAGCGCAGGAGCUCAGCAAGGCUCACACAAGUUGUUAAACAGUUUAAAUACUCUAGUAUGGCAGUGAGCUGUAGUAGUUAUCGUGCAUGGAAAGUUUCUUUAAAGGGGGACACAAUCUGACAUUUUGACUCAUAAACUUAAUAUGUUGCACCAACUGUAACUUUGUACUCUGUGUACAGUCAGUGAUACACAAUGGAGAAUUGUCAGCAGCAAGCCAUGGUGUGGUAAAGCCAAUCCAUAGGUAAAAUAAUGCAAACCAUUUGAAUAUAUUUUUAUGACUGUCUGCAUGUUUUUUCAUCUGUUGUAAAACCAUUACAGAGUGUUGAUAUAACAGUUGUAAUAAUCUGAGUUGUAAAACAUUUUUUAUCAAUCAAGCUGCAGCUAAUAGUUGUAUAGUUUGAAUGCAUAAUUAUAUAUGAUUUUUGCAUGUUUACAUUAUAUCGUUAGACAACACACUGUUUUACAAAUUCUCAUGUGUUUCCUUUUCUUCCUGCAGGUUGCGACAAGACCUUUAUUACGGUCACAGCUUUAUUCUCUCACCACAGAGCUCAUGUGAGGGAACAGGAACAAUAUGUGUGCUCUUUCCCUGGCUGUAACAAGCAGUAUGAUAAGGCGUGCAGGUUGAAAAUUCACCUGCGGACUCACACAGGUCUGAGCUAACAUUUGUGUAGUCUGAAAGUCUUGAAUGCUUCGUAGAUUGUUCCUUUUGAAAAGAACAACAUAACUUUAUAAAUAUACAUGUAUUUUUAAUUUCUGUUAUUUUAUUUAGCUUGAGCAGCCCCACAACUGUAAUCCAGUGACACAAUCCAUGUUCUAUCGCUUCUGAGGGAGAAGCAUUGCGGACAGUGCAUGCAUGGCAAUUACCUCGCUCCGUUCAUUUAAAACUUCUUAUGCAAACUUUAACUAUGUUUGAUUUCCUCAUACUGCAAAUGAUAGACCUAGAUGUGGAGCUCUUUGAAAAUUGGAAUGUCUUAUAGGGACACUGUAGGCAAUGUAACUGCUUCAUCUCAUUGAAGUGCCUGGAACCAAAUGGCACCGUCUUCCUAUUCAUUGUUAAAGGACCACUAUAGUGCCAGGAAAACAAACCUACUCCCGCCGGGCUGAAUGGAGAGAAAGGGGGUUAAAAAACUCACCUUUCUCCAUCGCCGGGCUCCCUCAGCGCUGGGGACUCUCCUCCUCCUUUGGCUGUCAUCGGCUGAAUGCGCAUGUGCAGCAAGAGCCGCACGCGCUUUCAGCCAGUCCAUAGGAAAGCAUUCUCAAUGCUUUCCUAUGGACGCUGGCAUCUUCUCACUGUGAAAAUCACAGUGAGAAAUGCGGAAGCGCCUCUAGCGGCUGUCAAUGAGACAGCCACUAGAGGCUGGUUUAACCCAUAGUGCCAGGAAAACUGCUAUGUUUACAGCAGGCAGGGUUAAUCCUAGACGGACCUGGCACCUAGACCACUUCAUUAAGCUGAAGUGGUCUGGAUGCCUAUAGUAGUCGUUUAAAUUGUUAAUGCUGUACAAGAGUCCCCUGCAGCACAACCCCUUCUGUGCUGCUUGGGCUAAUGAGGAAACAUAAACCAAUUAGCCAGAGAUGCUAUAGGCAGCUGUAAUUGGCUAUAUGUUUCAGCCUAUCACAGUAGGGAUCGACCGAUAUAGAUUUUUUUUUUUUUUUAGAGGAUAUUGGCCAAUACUGAUAUCGCCGAUAAUGCAGACCAGGGCCGCAAUCAGGAUUUUGGGGGGAGGGGUGGGGCUGCGACGGUCCAGGGUGGGCCUGGGGGGGCCCAGCACACUCUUACUUACCUUCCCAGCAGCUCCCUUCAGUUCCCCUGCUAACUCUCGCGGUCCGUGUGCCGCCUGGAACAUUGCCAUGGCUACCUGUGGCAACGCUCUGACGGCCGCGGGACUCGCGAGAGUUAGAUAAGGGAGCUGCUGGGAAGGUAAGAGUGUGCUGGCCCCCCCAGGACCGCCACAGACCGACCCAGGACCGCCGCAGCCCCCCAAGAUUCCUGAUUGCUGCCCUGGUCUGCAUUAUCGGCGAUAUCAGUAUUGCCCGAUACCGAUAUUGCUAAAAAUACAGAAUAUCGGCCAGACCGAUAAUCGGUUGAUCCCUAGAUCACAGCACCUAUUGCAGGUAUGAAUCUGUAUGGGCAGUAGGAAGUGUGCAAUCUCUGCCUUGGCCACACCUCAAGUAGAGUCAUGGGCAGCCUGGGAAUCUCCAUCAGUGUUAAACUGGCCGAAAAUGGUUUAACAUUGAAUGGGGGAACAGUGUCAUGGGACUCCAGACCCUGUAACAACUUCAGUUAGAUAAAAUGGAUAUAGUGCCUGCAGUGUUCAUUUUUGGUGGAAGUGCCCUUAGUGUAGAAAUCUCAAACUCUGGCCCUCCAGAUGUUGUUGAUGUACAACUCCAAGAAUUAUUUGAACACAACAGAUCACAGGACACUUAUGGGAGUUGUAAAUUAGGUGGUGAGGAGGGGGUAUAAGAGUUUAAGGUUGCGGCACUACUGGCUGACAGGCACUAGAGAUGUGUUCUUGGCCAAAUGUAAACCCUGCCAUUUCUCUAAGAGCAGGUACAGCAUCUCUGCACUAAACCUGUAAGAUUAAUAUUUAAUGCUUAGUGUUAACAAUUGCAUGAAAAAAAGCGCUCAUAUUGCUUUGCUAUAAUAUAUAAAGUUGUUGGCAACAAUAGGUGUGGAUUACAAGGUCAUCUACACUUAUGUAUAGUAAUGCAAUCUGUAUAUUUAUCCUAGGGAAGACAAAAAUUAGUUAUGCUUUCUGAGCAAAUACAUGACCACCACUCUGGUGACCAUGCUUGUUUGUUUCACUUGUAAUUCUACAGCCACAAAAUGUGGAAUGAAAAUGUAAAUUGUGAGUUUGAUAACAAAUAUGGCAUGUAGAGGCGCUAUCGUGCUCUGUAAUUUGAUACCAUUUCACUUUUAUGACGCUUACAUUAAAAUCCCAUUUUCUUUUUGUAGGUGAGAGGCCCUUUAUAUGCGACUUUGAAAGCUGUGGUUGGUCGUUCACAAGCAUGUCAAAGUUAUUAAGGCACAAAAGGUAUGCUCUUGUUCACAUUACUUUAUUAGGCUAUAUUCCUUUCUUCUCUACUGUUUUGUUGUAUGUCACGGGGGGGUGUGUGUAUAUGUAUAUAUAUGUAUAUGAGAAGUGUAUAUGAGAAAUGUUAAAUCUGUUAUGGUAACGUCUCUGUAGAUCUAAACACCUUCAUGUCUCUUACCUGUCUGCUUGUGUUGUAGGUGAAUCUUAAAUCAGUGUGUAUGUAUUAUGCUUGGCUUUUCACGUGUUUAGUUUGUUCAUAGAAUGUAGACUUCUGCGAUAUCUGUUCCUAAGCUAGUGUAUUAUGUUUGUUGGUUUCUGCUGAAUGUUAAAAUGGACAAUGUGACCGUAGCAAACAUUUUAAACAAAGCAGAAUUGGCUCCUUAAGCUUCUUUCUGCCCGUGUGACAACUUGCUUGUCAUGCUACAUGAGUCCCAGUAAAGGCAGGUUAGCAAAUUUAGUCAGUUAAUCGACCAAGCGCAAGGAUUACUAAACCUUUGGCACUUUAGUUGGUUUGGACUACAUCUCCCAUGAUGCACUGCUAACAUUCUGGCAGUUUCCUAACAAUGUAGGGUGUAUAUCUUUGGUAGCCAACUGGUCUGUGUCAAGCUUUUUUGAGACUUACAAUAGUUAGCAGUUAUUACUGCUGUUGAGUUGUAGUUCUGUAAUAACUAGACAGAUAUAUGUAUUAUUUAUGAUCUAUGGCAGUGGCUCCCAACCCAGUCCUCAAGAACCCACUAACAGUGCAGGAUUUAGGGAUUACCCAGUUGUGUCUAAGGUGUUUUUAGAAAACAAAAAGCACUUUAGACACAAUAGGGUAAUCCCUAAAUCCUGGACUGGUAGGGGGGGGGUACUUGAGGACUGGGUUGGGAACCCCUGAUCUAUGGCAUCAUUUGCUUUAUUCCAUUAAUGUAGAUUUGCUUUUCAAAAAGGGGAAAAAGAAAAAAAAUAGUUUGGUUAUGAUAUCUUAUGUGAGAUAAUAGCAUGUUGAUAGUGUGUGUCUGAAAUCUCCUGAUCUUUUAACAAGUUCUGAAUCUCUACUGACAGAAAACAUGACAAUUACCGGCGGUAUCACUGUCCCGUGGAAGGUUGUGGAAAAUCGUUCACUAGAGCUGAGCAUUUGAAGGGCCACAGCAUAACACACCUUGGUACAAAACCGUUUGAGUGUCCUGUUGAUGGUAAUUUCCCUUUUAUUUAUCUUGAUGUACAACUUUGCUAUUUACAAAUAACUCAAAUUAGAACGCAUAUUUUGCGUCACUAGACCGCUGCCAUAAGUGGGGGGAAUCAACCACACAGCUGUAACUGGGAGGAAAAAGUGAAAACACUUUAGCGUGUUAGAAAAUGUUUUCUAUGUCCUGUACAAAUAAAACUCAGCUAUAUUAUUAGUUCUGUUUAUUAGCAUUCCACAGUAUGUUGACUUUAUAGAAUUAGCUUGAGACUUGGGAGAAAUAUGAGUGUACUAAUUCAGGCACAACAUUUAAGUAUUUAUUACUAAAACUUAAUUAAUACAAAUUAAUGGUGGAUAAUGGUGGAUAAUGGAAAAGGGAACAGAAAAUACCUUUCAUAUAGAAAAUGUUUAAAGUGGAACUGGAACCUGAAAUAGUCAUUUUUAAAAUUUGCUUUAAAAAAGAUUUGUAAUAGUUACAUGUAACCAUGUUAAAGUACAUUUAGCUGGAAUUACCACUUGAAGAUCUGACCGUUUGAUAUCAUUGUGGAGUUGGCCAUCUUGGAAUUGCAUCCAAAAAUAUCAAGGCUGCAGACGUGAUGUCAGCAGCCAAUCCGAAUAAUAACUAAAAUGGGUUAAGGAACUCUAGUGAUGCUCUGUGUCGAAAAUGUCCUGUGUUAGCUGGAAAGAUGUUGUUAUUUAUUUAUUUUUUAAUUUUAACAAAUAUUUUAAAUGGUCAGCAUAAAGUAUUUACUGUUUUUAACCCAUUAUUCGGUUAUGCAUACUUCUGGUUACAGUCACUCUCAUUAUAGAUCUUUGUAUCUCCUUCCACCAUUUCUCUUUUCAGGCUGCACGGCCAAGUUCUCUGCUCGAAGUAGUUUAUAUAUUCACGCCAAAAAACACCUGCAAGACAUAGAUGCUUCAAAGACACGUUGCCUUGUAUCCAGCUGCAACAAAGUGUUUACAUCUAAGCAGAGUCUGAAAUCUCACAUGGUUAAACAGCACAACAUCAGCCCAGGUAAAAUACAAAGGAAAAUUUUGCCUAUGGCAGAACAAUAAAGGUAUAGACUGUAGUGGUUAUGGUGCCAGGAAACCCCAUGGCACCAUCAUCCCGUUUUCGCAGCUUUGUCAGGGGGUCUGCUGUCCUUCCAUUUGUUUACAAAAGGAAGUUCAUACUUAUACAUUGGCCUAGCAGUGCAUACUUAAUUCAAUAUUAUUCACUAGCUGACACUCCAUGGCUCUGUCAAGUGUUGAGAAGACUAAUAAAGUGCAGCACCAAUGUUUUUUUUUGUUUUUUGUUUUUUUUAAAAACAUCCUUCCUGUGCAUUUGAAGAGAGCAUUUCAGCAGCGCUCAGUGUAUAGGUAGCCUGUCUAAUCUGUGUUUGGGUCCCAUUAACAAUCAAGCAUGUAGGCCAUAAUACUAAUUGCUUUCUGAGACACUGCAAUAAUUACAUUGCAGAGUUAAGACUGCCUCUGGUGGCUGUCAAUCAGACAGCCACUACACGCACUUCCUGCUUGCACUUGGUUGACUGAAGCUGGACAUCCUCGCGCUCUGCAUGAGGACAUCAGCAUUGGUAGAAACCCCAUAGGUGAUGUCAGAGGAGGCAGAGCACCAACCCAUCGCUGACAGAGAUCAACGCUUUUUUUUUUUUUUUUUUUAAACCCCCUGCAGAGGAGGGUGAGGCACUUGAGGGGACUAUAGUGCUAUAAAUACAAUGUUGUAUUCCUAGCACUAUAGUGUCCCCUUAAAUGUUACUUUUCAUUUAAGGAUCCCUCUGUUUAGUUUCUUAAAAUCCAGAUUACUGUUUUGUACAGACAUUGCGUGCAUGUAUACAUUUGGUGAAUUUCUUUUUGUUUUGUUUUUUGUGUAGAAUAGUGUUAGGAAUUAACAGCAAAUGUUUUAAUGACACACAUAUUGGAUUUAUGAAAGUGGUGUUUUCUAAUAAUGGGGCAGUGACCAUGAAAACCAGUGUAAAUAGCAGGUACAUUUGAUUGGUAAUUGCUUCACUAUUACAACUUUGCACUAUUUUUCAAAUACAAAAACAUUCACAAAUAUCUCCCUGUAAUUUUUGUUGUUCCUCCUCCAAUGCCUUGUUAGCCCUUUAAUUCCUUUUUUGUUUUUAAAGAGAAAAAUGUUACAAAUAUGCGAUACAAAAUCACAUUUUAACUGCUAGUAUGUUGAUGUAGAAAUGACAUGCUCUUCAUUGGAUUUUACCUUUGCCUAUGGCUGUAUAUAAACCACACUUGCCCCACACAGAGCUAAUUAGAUGGGUUAAAAUAUAAGUAGCCAUGAGUCAACUUCUCUAAUAUAUCCUUCUAUAUCAUUUAAAACAGCAUGCAUUAUGGAACAGGGGUUAACUAUCUUGUCUAGUUAGUGUUGUUAUAAUAUUGUCUUGUGAUUUUUAUCUUGCUUUAGACCUAUUGAUUCAGCUGGAAGCAACUAGUUCCCUCACCCCCAGUAGUGAACUGACAAGCUCAGGACAGAAUGACCUCAGUAACCUAGACCUCUCCUCCCUCUUCUCCGUGUCCUCUAAUGGACCUGGGAUCUCAGCAGAUCUUACUCUGGUUAACUCAGGAAUACUUACGAUUGACGUGUCAUCUGUGGGAUCUACCCUGGGAGGGAAUGUAUCGGUCAACAAUAAUUCUUUGAUGCAUCCUGUUGACCCUUUGGUGUUGGUGUCCAACAAUGAAAACCACCCCAGUUUGGAAAGCUCCUUACUUCUUGGAGCUUCAACUUCAAUCCUUCAGCAGAGCACUUUACAGCUGGAUGACGUACAAACUGUGAAUGCUGAGGCUUUGGGCUCUUUGGCAUCUUUGUCCAUGAGAGGCUCCAGCCAGGACAUACACGGACUUACAUCCAGUAACCAUCUAACCAUAGAUUCAUCUACCCUGACUCCCUCUGUCACCUUUGCUUCAGGCAGCUCUAUGCCAGAAUUACUAACGCCAGUUAAAGUGGAAAGAAGCUCACUGCCAGGUCCAGAGGUGGUAGACCAGCAGGAAGGCAGCAAAGUAGUAACACAGUUUGUGUUUCCAAACCACAUUGGCACAUUCAGUUCCCAAAAGGAAAUGGAUUACGGUUCACCAUCUGGGAGCUCCUUAUUGGUAUGCAAACAUUUACUCUUAUAUUACAUAAAAAUAUUUUCUAUCUAUCUCUCAAAACCACAGGAUCCUAUACUUGAUGAGUCACAACCGUAAUAACUGGCGUGGAGUUUCAAGGCACUGCACAGCCACCAAAAGGAGCUGGAUUUUAGCUUCGAUAGUGUAGAUGCUUCUUAUUUAUAAUUGCAUAUUGACGUUUCAGUUCGCCCAGGGACUUUUAUCAGGAGUUCCUUUGUGGACUGAACCAUUUAAGUAUUUCUAUAUAUAUAUAUAUAUAUAUAUAUAUAUAUAUAUAUAAAAAAAAAAGAGCAUCUACACUUUUAAAGCUAAAAUCCAGCUGAGUGCGCUCCUUUUGGUGGAUAUAUAAAUAAAUAUAUAUUAAAUGGAGCACUCCUGAGGAAAUUUUCCACUUGUGUGUUUAUUCAAUAAUCAAAAAAAAAAUCAACGUUUCGACCCUCCAGGGUCUUUAUCAAUUUUGAUAAAGACCCUGGAGGGUCAAAACUUGAAUUUUUUUUUUGUGUGGAUUAUUCACACUGGAAGCACCCAGGUAUUGCUGACUUUAUAUUCUAUUUAUGGUGAGUGCUAGAGGCAGGAAUAUAUAUAUAUAUAUAUAUAUAUAUAUAUAUUCAUAUUCACAUGCAUACACAUUCUGUCCUGAUGAAAGUUCACUGUGAGGAACUGAAAUGUUGACACAUUUAUUUUUUUAAAGUUUGACUAAAAGUUAAGUACUGAAUUCUCUUUUUAUCACUAUUUAGAGUCCUAGGAGUGCAGCAGUUUCUUGUGGAUUUGUAUAUACAUGUGUCCUCUAUAAUUUUAUUAUUUUUGUAUUUUUUUUAAAAUCAUGUUAGCCACUCUAUUUUACACCUUGAAAAAAUAAAAAUUUAUGUUUCUGUCCCCAUAUUAUUAGGAAAGUGGUGGUUCAGCAAGGACCGAUUACAGAGCCAUCCAAUUGGCCAAGAGCAAAAAGAAGGGAGGAACUGGCAGUCCUGGUAAGAUAUAUGUGCAUUGUUGAGAAAGAUUAGCAGCAUCUUAAAUUCAGGACCUGGAUAAGUUUUAGAAGCAUUGCAUUGUUUAGAAUGAUCAGAUACCAGAAAAUGACACGAUGGUCAAUAUUAAAUAUAAGAAAGCAAUUCUCCCAAUUGUUGGAGAUGUUUAAAUCUAGACGGCUCUAUGAUACACAUAUGGUGGAAUUGCCCUAGAAUUAGAUCAUUAUGGGACCUUACAUUUAAACUAAUAACAGGGAUAGGUAAUGUCCGUUUGACUUUUAUACCAGAAAUAGCCUUAUUACACAUUUAUGAUAAGCUAGAAAAAAAAAACCGAAAUACUAGUUACUCACUGCCUUAUGGCGACCAAGCUAUUGAUCGCAAAAGCAUGGAAAAAAAAGGACAUUCCAAAUAUACACCAAUUAAAGAGUCAAAUUCUGAACCAAUUGGAGAUGGAAAAGGGAGUGAUUUGGUAUAAUGUUCAUAAAAAAAAAUUAAAAAAAAAUACACUAGGAGAGUCAUAUGCUACCCUUAUAGCAGAUAUAAAUCAUAUAGAAGGAUAAAAAUAAUAAAAAGCAAGAGGAAAGAAUUACAGCGUAAAGUAAAGCAUAUUACAAUUAAAAAGAGAAGGAAUGAAAGUAAGGGUAUAUUAAAUAUCAUAGCCGCUAAAAUCGUUUAAAAAUGUUUUGAGUAAAGAGUUAACACAAUCAGUGUUUUAGUGUUUGUAGAAGUUUGAAUGAAUGUGAGAUAAUCAAAGGAUGGGUAGACACAUUAUUAAGAACAAGAAAGUUUGUACUGAUGGUUUUAAAUUGUACUAAAACAGGGUUUUAUAUUAUAGAUAUUAAUCCUAGGAUAAAGGUAUUAGAGCCAUAGUAUAUCACUAACCUGUUUAAUUGAUUAAGUUAAAUUAGAAGAAAAUUAGUAACAACUGUACAAUGUAAUGAAACGUAAAGAUACUUUAAUACGAAUAAGAUAUCCUACCGAAAUUAUUGUAUGAUUUUUGAUUCUAAGCAGAAUCAAUGUUUUUCUUUGUGUUUAUUUGUAUAAAAUGUAUUAAGAAUUUUUUUUCAAUAAAAAAUUUAAAAGAAAAUAUAAGAAAGCAAGGUCUUGUUGGCUUCUAUAGAAUUUAAAUUAUUAAAAUAAAGUAUGUGAGAUAUUAAGUAAAUGAAUUGAAGCCAAAGGAAAAUACACAUUAAUUUGCACAUAUCUUUAUGUAUGUAUGUAUCAGUCUCUUUCUCUAUACAUAUAUUGUAUGCUUUCUAAACCUAGGGUUAGGAUUCCAUUAUUCUUUGUUCCGGUUUGCCCAAGGUUAAUGUGAGUCACACUCCCAGGUGGUAGUUGCUGUAUACAGCAGCAAUCAUUAAUGCAGUACAUUAUCCAUAACUAAUAUGACAGUGAGACGGGUUGUGUGACACAAUGUGUUAUUCUGUCCAUAGGUGUUUUUCCCGAAUUGAUGGUAAUGGGUGGAGGUAGAAAUAAAUGCAGUCACCCUUUUGAGCAACACCAAAUAUUUGAAUAUAUAAUAUAUUUUGGUGCUUUCACCUGCCAGUCUGAUGCAAGCUGGGACACAUGUCGGUGCUAAUCUAACCUCAAGAGGCCAGUAUUGCAGAGUGUGAGUCACACCGUGCACUAAUAAUAUUGAAAUAAAUAGAUCUGGUGUUAUGUGUUGUGGUGAUGCAUACAUUUUUCACAAUUGCAGAAAUGUUUCACUGCCAAAUAUGACACCAAUGCAUUAGUUUUCAAACUGUAUUGGGCUGUAUCUCAUUUAGAGCACCAAUUAAAAUUUGCCACAUAAAAGUACACGUUUGUUUAUAUAAUUCCCAUGGUAUCUCACAGUUUUGUUUUUUUUAAAUUUGUAUUUUAUUUGGUUUUGUACACAAAGUAUACACUUUUCCAUUACAUGUGUUAUUAUAUUAUUAUAUGGGUUAGAACAGGUUCAAAUAACAUUUCGUUGGGCUACAUGCAUAAUAACAAUCACAAUGUCAGAGAUCCUUUACUGUGGCCUGGUAAAGAAACAAUUUGUACAUUUCUACCUUUCUACAAAGAUCCCCCUUUAUAGAGGUUGCUUAAUUUUCGAGGCUGCUUGAUUCUAACAAUCUUUCCGGCUUAUCUUAUAUGCGAGUCAGGUAUUUAGGGUAAUAGGGUAAUAGCAUGGAAUGCUGGGUUUGGAGUAACAGGAAUAGUAAGAAACUUUCCCAGACCAUGUAAGCUUAUAUAUAUAUAUGCAAAACAUUAUUAUAAUGGUUAAUUAUUGCAUUUCUCAUUCUGCUUUCUGUGUCCAUUGGCUAAUAUGCCUAGUUUUUUGAGGAAUGUCUCUGGAUCGUCUCCCGAGGUUAGGGUGAGUACAUCGGUGCCCUUUUGUACUGUUAGCGAUCCCUCUGUGCCCCAUCGGUACCGGAUCGAUUGUUCUCUCAGUCUCUUAGUGACUGGUGCUAGUAGUCUCCUUGCGGCCAGCACAGCAAACGGGAGGUCACUGUAUAUGGCCACCUCACAUCCCUCAAAUUUUACCGACCCCAAUGGUCUGGAUCCGGCCAUGAUGGUAGCUCUCGCAGCUACGUCCCUGGUGGUAGCUAUUGUGUCUCUGGGGGCACCCUCGGGUGCCGCUGGUGAUUUGCGCACCCUGAAGGCGGACAGAAUCAGUGGUGUGUCUGAAUUACACCUGGGGCCCAUGGAGGAGGUGAGUCUCCGGACAAAGGGCAGUAAGUCUUCACCGCUCACCUUUUCAGGGAUACCUCUAAGGCGUAUGUUGCGGCGGCGGUGUCUGGUUUCCAGUGUCACCACCGCUCCUUGUAGGCGUCGGGCCUGCUCCUUAAGAUCAUCCAGUUGCAGUUUGGUGUCUUGGAGUUGGUGGUCUCUGGAGCUUUCUCUGUUUUCCACCUCCUGGACUCUCUGUUGCAAGACCCCUAUUUCAGCAUGUGUCUCCUUUAAGUCUGCCUUCCAGACCUGCCUUAGGUCGAUCAGCAGCUUUCUGAUGUCCCCCUUUGUUGAUGGGGAGUCAUCCUCCUCUGAGUCAGAACUGGGAGUGGGGCCCGGGAGGGAGGCUUGGGAGUCCCUCUCUUCCUGGGAGUCGUCAGAGGUCUCUAUCUCACUCUGCGGUUCCGGCGCCAUCUUGGCGGGCCGCGCUUGUGUAGGCCUCUGGAAUGCCAGCCUGAUGUCGGGUGCCGCGGGUCGCUCCGUGUAGGUUUGUUUUUUGUGUUUGCGCCCCAUGUUGUCGGCUGUCGGGUGGCAGGUAAGCUGUGCGUUUUUGGAGCUGAUUUCUCCUCUCUAAGGCUCUUAGUCUGUGGGGCCGAUGCAGAGCUCCACAGACCUGCGACUGUUCAGCUCCGUAGUCGGCCACGCCCCCCGGUAUCUCACAGUUUUUUUGCACAGCAUGCGUGUUACUGUAAUCUUAAUGAGGUACUGUGCUAACCACUGCUGUAAGUGGGAGCAGGGGACUGGAAAUGUGCUACACCAAUGAAUUAAAACUUUAAACCCUAAUUAAGCCAGCCAUGAUAUAUAACUGUUAGGGCUAUUUAAAUUUGAAGCAUAUUCAUAAUUUUCAAAAAAUUUUGUUUUUAAGGAUCGUCUCCUACACAGAAGAAAAGUAAAAGUACAAAGCCGAGCUCAACACUGCCUUCUGCUGGUGGCCGGUGUAACACUAAUGUUGUUAUGCCGAACGGAGGCCUUACAUUACGAGAUCCAGCAACCGGGACACAGUAUGUUCAGAUUCAGUUGCUACAGGUGAGUGUAUUCACAUGCUGUGAUCCAGGAGUGGGCCUGGAUAGUUAAGGAGUGCUUUAGCUAUUUCUCAUUCUUUGUGGCAUAUCCUAUGAUUCUUCCUUUCUGUAAAUUAUUUUUUAAAAAUCCCCAACAUAUGCUGCAGUGCUGUACAACAGGUUGGCUAAUAAAUAAGUAGUUGCCCCCCAAAAAAAUUGGCAUACAGGGACAGAAGGUGUUGAUGGCUCUUCUCAAAUGAGCUUGCAUUAUGAGGGAUCAUUGUUGGAGAUGUUCUCUGAUUAAGGGAUCAAUAGCAAAUCUUUGAUACAUUUAGCUUUAAGUGGAAUAUGGUUUCCUUGUCAUGCCUGGCAACAAUCUUGAUGAUAUAGUCUCUGCUUCUAAAGGUAGGGCAGGAAAUCUAGAAAAAAGACACUUUUGAGAGGCAGAUUUUUACCCUCUCCUAGCUUAGUUAGUAGUGUUGAGUUUGAGCAGUAGGGAUUUUUUUUUUUCUUCAGCUACUGCUCAUCCCAAAGAUGUUUAUGGUUCCAUAGAUUGAAAGCUUAAUGGCUUUCCCAUGAUUAUGUGCCACCAAGAUUUCCAUCUGGGUAGCAGGAUGAACUGCAGGGAGAUUGGUUCAAAGCUGGUCAUUAUUCCUUGCAACGCUCAGGCCUGUCUCCAGCUCCUUAAGGUUGGGGCAGAAUGAAAGAAUAAUCUGCAGGCUUGCAAGCACUUGUGGGGGUGGGGGUGGGGACCGUAUUUACUGAGGCUGGAUCUCACUAUGGAGUUGCAGCAUUGAUUCAAGCAAUGCAACUCUGCAGCUGGCUAGCUCAGAGGUACAUUUGAGAGGAUAUCCUUCAUACGGUUCGUCCAUGGUAGUUGUAUUGGGAAUGGCAAAGUGUGUUCCAGCCUGUAGUUAGUUUAGCAGUGACUACUGCUCGAACAGCUUAUAUUAUUAUAUGUGUAAAGGCAGAUGUCUUAAAUCUAUUUGUUACAGAUAAAAUAAACCAAGGACGUAGAGAACAUUUGAUAUCAGCUGCCAAUAAGAAUCUGAGAUGCUGACAAUUCCAACUGUAUAAGAUAGAAGAGAAAGUUUGUCUGAACUCUCUUUUGAUAGUAUGUGCCCUCUUUGCUAGAGAGAAAGGCAAAGACUAGCUGUAAACAUUUAAUCAUUUAAAUAAAAUAAACAAAUUGCUCUGCCUACUUAGCAGUUUCCUUUGUGUUAUUCUACUUUUAACUAUAAAUGGUUAAUAAACAUAGAAUGUUUUAAAAAAUAAACAAAUUGGACUGAAAAGCAUAUCUGCACUGAAUGUAAGCUGUUUUUAAAAUUGCUACAUGGUUGUGCCUAGACACAUGCUCACCAUUAAACAUUUUUAGUUAAUAUUUUGUUUUCUUUUUGUGUUCAGGAUGAUCCCCCUGGAGAUGGAGAUCUAUCUUUCCAGCUGAGUUCCCAGUCUCCAGCUCCACAUACUUCGCUCACUGUUGAUCUGCCUGUUCACAUUCUACAGGUACAAAGAAUUAUUUCCUCAAGUACAGAAAUAGGAUGCUUGAGUACAUGACUGAUUUAUAGCCUUACCUCACAUAAUACAUGUCUGAACAUACAUUGAAGCUUGCACAUCUGUUUGUAUAUUCUGCAUUGUAUAGACAACCAUGGCUAAAAAUGUUGGGAUGUUUGAAUAUAAAGCUAAAAAUAGUUCCUCAUUGUGAUGUGUUGUUUAAAUAUAUUCUUCUUGUCACAGGCUGUCUGUUAAUUUAUUUUGUUACUUAACGGAACAUUCUAAGCACCAAAACGACUUAAGCGCAACGAUGUGUAUAGAUCAUGACCCUAUAUGCUUACUGCUCCAUUCCAUACUAUUAAGGAGUUAAAUCCCUUUCACUGUUUAUGCAACCCUAGCCACACCUCCUCGGACAGAGACUAUAACAACCUCCCUGCACACUUUCUAAAAAAAAGUCUAAAUUGUAUAGCUUUACUUAUCGCACUGUGUGUUUAACUUAGAAUUAAACCAUUGAAAUAUGAAAUUGAUGAUAUAAUUAACCCCCUUAAGGACACAUGACAUGUGACAUGUCAUGAUUCCCUUUUAUUCCAGAAGUUUGGCCCUUAAGGGGUUAAAAAAUAUCUAUGUACAUAUUUUUGAAGAGUAGGAUUUUUCAUUUUUGCAGGUAGCUCUCCUCAGACCAGCAACAUCUCUGUAGGGAAUCUGAUUUAUUCUAAAUUAAGUUGUUAUGGUGCCAGGAGACCACAGGACGCACUCUUACCUUGAGUGGUUAAAACAUUCUCUGGUUUAAUAUGCGCCUCCCGCACCGAUCUCAACAAAAAGAAGAAACAUAGCUUUUUCAAGCCAGUUUUGUUAAUGGGGAGUUCCUGAUUGGCUGAGAGCGUCAAUUGCCAUUUCAGAAGCCAGAUGCCACAUGGGGGACCUGAGGAUCGGCGCUGGAGGCUCACAUUAGAGUUAAACCCAUUCAAGAAUGGUUUAACCCCUUAUGGCGGGAGGGCUUUUUGGCACCAUGAUAACUUAAUUUAUGUAACAUUGUUAAGGGGACAGUAAAGGCACCAUAACAACUGUAUUCCAUACAUUUUACUUGGAGACAGGGAGUAUGGCUUAAAUAUAUAUAUAUAUAUAUAUAUAUAUAUAUAUAUAUAUAUAUAUAUAUAUAUAUAUAUAUAUAUAUAUAUAUAUAUAUAUAUAUAUAUAUAUAUACACACACACUGCCCUGAAUUUAAUGUUGCAUGUCAUGUUACUUGUUCCUUUUUGUCUAUCUCACUAUAUACUUAUAUCUUAUUUGUGUCUCAUUGUAGGAGCCUCACACGUCUACAGAGGAUGAUACAGCCUGUGAUAACUCUCAAUUUACAGGCAGCACAAUAAACUUGCAGGACUUGGAAUAACUGACCACAAAGUGCGCAGGAAAAGCUUUGAACUGUUUAGAACAAGCCAGUGAUAUUCAGGGUUUUGUUUUUCGAUUGGCUAGGCUCACUGCCAUUUUGGCUCACUGCCACUUUGUACAGUAGGAGCCAGUCAAUCUGAUAAUGCUGGAGCAAUGGCCCUGAUGCCCGAUUUUCAGCUUGCUUUUUAGAUGGCAUGUGAUAUUUGCACUAUGUUUUUUUGCCUCUGUCUUUUGCCUCGGAGCCUCCCACUGGGACCUAGCAAGAUUUGAAAAGGAAUGUCUGCUUUCUUCCUCUUUACACUGAAGCAAAGGUUUUGAGCAACUUACAAAAUAGCUAUUUUUCCCAUCUUUAAAAGGAGCAGAAAAGCCCCAGGAUUCCAACAUUGGUUACGGACUACUAAAUAUUUGGAUGCCUGUGAAGGAUCUGUGUGUUGGGAAAUCCCUGUAUCAGGAGCCUUUCAUGUAAUCGUGAUUCUGAUGAUUUUUUAAAUUUGUGCCGAUAUUCUGAACUUAUUUUGCUGUUUUAUGAUUAAAACCAGGAUUGAUACUGUCCACCUACCUCUGGGGUAAAUUAAUUUUAUACCUCAUACAGUAAUGAUAGGUGUGCCUACAGAGCCAAUCUGUUUGUGGAGGAAACACAUUGGAAUUAUAGAAUCAAGACAAGAACUCUGCUUUCAUUCAUUUGUAAAUGUAAUUGCAUUUAUUUAUUUGCAGGAGAAUUUUUUUUUUUUUUUUUUAUAUAUAUAUAAAUCACCCAGUUUGAUGGGUGUUUUUUCUAAAUGUAUAUAACAAACGUGUGUGCUUGCAAACAUAACUAUUCAUAUACAGAUGGAAAGUUCCAAUCUGUGACUAGUUUGAAAAAAAAAAGGGGGGGGGGGGGAAAUCUAUGAGGAGUUUGUCUUUUUAUCUUUAUUGCUUUGUAGAACUUUGUGUGUAUGUUUAUAUAAUGUUUUGAUACUCUAUCAGAGCAUUCACUAAAGUGUGAAUGGUCAGUAAUUCAAAGCCGUACUAAAACAAUAUGCGAUUUGAAAUGUCCGUGUUAAAACCUUUUGAGAGAGCGAGAGAGUGUCUGUAUAAAAUAUAAAUAAACCAUUUGUAUAUACUUUG